AUGACACCGGGGGGGACAGUGGGGCAGCAAGUGGCGAUGGGGGAAGCGAUCGGUCAUUUAUCAAGAGCAGUGGCUCAGGUUCUGGCUCCAGUCAUGGAUCAGCACAGUGACGUCAGGUUCGAGGGCGUCAUCACCUCUACCCCAUCCUCCCCACUCGCCCGUAUCCGUGUCGAAAUCACUCCGCUCCUCCUCACACCUUCUCCAGACACACCCAGCCUUCCUCCAACCAGCGAACCAGCAGACCCCUGCAAACCUUCCAUUUCCAGAACUUCAUUUCUCUCCACGUGGCAGUUUGUCAUAGAUGCCACGUCAGCAGUCCAAAAGCGCGUGCGAACCCAGGAAGCAGUGUUGGAUAAGCAUGGUGUUGUGACACGGCAUGCAGGAGGGGAAGAUGGAGGUGGAGUAGGGGAGGUGGAGGGGAGUGGAGGAGAAGGGGAUAUGGAGGGAUGGGGAGGAGAAGGGGAGAUGCGAGUGAGGAACUUCAGCCUGAUGCUGAUCACUGUGCUGGGAUCAGAUGGGCAUCUCUUUCUCCCCGAGGAGAGGGAGCUGUUGGGCCCCUGGUUCCUCCUCUCCUCCCUUGCCAAGUACCUUCCAGACUCCCCAUGCAAGCUUCCUUCCAACCCUACUGCUACGACCGCCAAGACCUGCUCAAUGGGAUGGUGCGAGUCUGGGAUGGAAGAGGAAUGGCCGCCUCCUUCUCCUGAAGAGUCAGAUGCAGUGCUCCUUACAGUCACACCCUCGUACAACGAGAGGGAACCUCAUUCCAGCCCUGAUUCCAUUCCCGGAGGAUCCAUCCUGUCGCUGGAGGCAGCAGCAGCAGCAGCAGCGGUAGAGGAACCCAGAGAAAAUCACACAAAUGGCUUCACUCCCUGGAGCCCUGAUUCUAUUCCCGGAGGAGCCAUCCUGUCGCUCGAGGCAGCAGUGGCAGUGACUCACCGCCUGCUGCCCUUGCACCGCCUGCGCUCCCUCGCCCUCUCCUUCAACCUCCAGGUCCGUGACAAUGCUUGGCACACGCUCUCACGUGCCACCCUCGCUCUCUCUGUCCCUGCCUCCGCAUCUCCCCUCCACUCCUCGCGCAAGCUCUCACGUGCCAUCCUCGCCCUCUCUGGUCCCUGCCUCCGCAUCUCCUCUCCCCACAGGCACAAGCUCUCUUCCCACCUCCCAUCUCCCUCCCUGCACAAGCUAUCACGUGCCAUCCUCGCCCUCUCCGGUCCCUGCCUCCGCAUCUCCCCUCCAAUCACUCGCCUUCUUGCCCGAGUGCAGCGCCUAUUUUUUCUCAACUCCUCCCAAUCCCUCACCACCUUUCUGCUCGUCGACUUUGGCCUGCGUCGUUACCCCUCCUACCGCUGCCACCGCUCUGCACCGGAAAUUGAGAAGUGGAGAUGUCGUAACUUGUCUCGCUUUGUGUUCCUGCCUCUGCUGCUCUCCGUCCAUAUCCGUGCGUGCAUGCAGGCAUGUGAGGUGUUGGAAACGGUGGAGAGGAUUGUGGGGGUGGACUCAUGGGAGGAGGGAGAUGGGCUGGGGAGAACGGCAGGAGGAGCAGGGACGAGUGGAACGGGAGGGAGGGGGGGAGGUGGGAGAGGGAGAGGAGGUGGGAGAGGGAAUGGAGGUGGGAGAGGGAGCGGGGGUGGGAGAGGGAGUGGAGGUGAGAGAGGGUGUGCAGGUGCGGGUGGUAGCAGUGGGAGUGAGAAGCGGAAAGCGUCAAAAGAUGUGAGAGUUUUUAGGAUGGGAGGGGAGGCGGAGAGGAGUGGUGGCAAGAAGGCGCGUCUGUCUGAGGAUUGUGCUGAUAUGGUUGGGGAAUAUGGUGGUGGUGAGGACGAGGAGGACGAGGAGGAUGAGGAGCGGGAGGAGGAAGAUCAAAGGGCAGCAGGAGAGAAGAAAGAAAACGAGGAGGGGGUGGCGGAGAGGGAGGAUCCGCAGGAGGAGAGGAGGGAACGGGAGGACGAAGAGGAGGAGGAAGAAGAUGAGGGGGAAGUAGCGGAGGAGGAGGAUGUAGACGAGUUAAUGCUGAUGGCAGCGCUGGCAGGAGCGAGACAGCAGCUGCAGCCGCUCUCUGAACGCACAUCGCACGGCAGAGACCAGCCCAGGGAAAACGGAAACCUACAUGGGGGAGAUUCACCUGGGGGAGGUUUUUCUGACGAAGAUAUACCUGAUGCAGUGUUCUCUAAAGUGUAUACGUCUUGUGACAACGCUGAAGCAGAGAGCAGUGGUCUGCAGCAGUCGUGGAGGCAUCGGUUCAAAGCGCAGCGCGUGUAUGCAGAGGUGCUGUGGAGGGGUGUAGGCUGGCUGGAGAAGCAGAAACGGUACAACCAGGCAGUUUCCGAUCUGCGACUGCUAGUCGCUUCGCCCUGCUCCCGAAGGGCCUGCCUCGCCACCUUCUUCCUCCGCCUCUCCAUUGAUCUCACUCACCUGGGCCUUGCAAAGGAGGGCCUAGAGGCCGCUAGGACGGGAGUUACGGAAUGCACUGGGGACAGACACGUGGCAGCAGGGGAUUUGCUGGCGCUGCAGCGGCGGGUGGUGCGCCUGGCGAAGCCGCCCAUAAGCUGGAAGCGGCCGAGCUAUGUGUGGUCGGUGGCGUGGCGAUGCAAGGAGGUUCGCAUCGUGGGGCGCCCAGUGAACAGUGAGGUGGGCGCCAAAAGCCGCUUCUACAGCAUGGCUCCCAUUACAGUCUCACGCCCUCCUGUCACAGCCACAUGCAGACUUCCCCAGAACUCUGACGAAAUGCAAAUGGGAGAAGAGUCGAGAGGUGAAUGUGAGGAAGCAUCUCCUGCUGCGUGGUGGGACGACCAGUGCAGCGUUGAGCAGCUAGCGCUGCAGCAUUACAGCAUUGAGGAGGGAGGAGGGUGGAAGGGCGUGCACUGCGAGGGGUCCCUGUGGUCGACCCUCUUCACGCUGCUCUUCUGGGAUGUCAUCUUCGCCCCUGUGCCUGACGCCUUUCAUCAUCCCUUUCAGACUGCUCCUCUCGACUUUGGCUCCCCUUCUUUUGCAUCCACCCGAGGCGCUCUGAUUCAAGCUCGCCUAAUAGAUCUGCUGGGAGGGCAAUGCAGAGGCGAGUGCAUGGGAGAGGGAGGAGAGGGAGGAGAGGGAGGGGAGGGAAGAGAGGGAGGAGUGGGAGGGAAGGAUGGAGGUGGUGGAUGUACGGAAGUUCUUUAUUAUAAUGGUGCUUGUUGUGCUUGUCCUGUGGGCGGCACUCCUGUGGGCGGCACUCCUGUGGGCGGCACUCCUGUGGGCGGCACUCCUGUGGGCGGCACUCCUGUGGGUGGCACUCCUGUGGGCGGCACUCCUGUGGGCGGCACUCCUGUGGGCGGCACUCCUGGUGCUUGUCCUCUGGGCGGCACUCCUGGGAGCAGCACACUCGGUGCUUGUCCUAUAGCUUCCAAUUUCGGUGUGUGUGCUGUGGGCGGCACACUGUUUACAGUGAAGCUGCUGAGGGAGAGAUGGCACGAGCACCACGGCACUCUGUGCGUGGGUUUGGGGAUUUUGACGGAAGAUGGUCCUGGGGCAGCCAUCUGCGAGCGGCUGGCGGACAGCUACAGUAACUGGAGGGGCGGCAUGCCGGACCUGGUGCUCUGGAGGAGACGCCCGGCUGAACCUCAGCUUUGGGCUGAGGCUCAGAGGGAGCUUCGGGAGGUGAAUGGGUCAAGAGCGGUUUCUCUGGGGUUGAUGAAAGGGGAAAAAGGGAAUUGGGGGUACGGGUUCAAUGGGGCAAGAGGGGAUUUGUGGGGGGAGGUGAAGCUGGUGGAGGUGAAAGGGCCUCGGGACCAGCUGUCAUGCCAGCAGACUGCUUGGCUCAAGGCGCUGCAGGGCGAUGGGGUGGAUGUGGAGGUGUGCAGAGUGGUGGAGAGGGAGGAACAGAUGACUUCUCCUUCUCACCCCUCUCCCCCUUCUCUCCCAUUUCUCCUUUCCCUCCCCUGUCACCCCUCUCACCCUUCUCUCCCCCAUUACCACCAUAAACCGCCUCCAACCCACCCGCACCUCCAGAAUUCAGAAUCCGGCACAUGGUCAGCAUGGGGUCUCUCCCCGCGUGAGUGGGGGGAGGUGCAGUCGGAGCUUCGCGCGGAAACGCCGCCGGCCAGCCAGGUGUCCGGCCAACAGAGAAGUGCUGCGCGGAGAAGCCCGGGACCUGACGAGGGGUGCGAAACUGAGCCCUCCCCUCCCGCGCGGGUCGAUAUUCGCGCAGCGUCGGCGCGCGCAGAGGAGCAGCCUGGCCAGGGUCCGAGGCUAGGGGAGGACCGUUGGUCACAGCAAUGUGUACGUGAGUCUCCUCCCCACUCGCCCGCGCCUGCCGCACCACUUCCGCAAACGCAUUCGUGGCCCGAUCGAGGGCAGGAUCUUGCUGGUGACCAUUACCGCCACGCCCACCGCCAUUCCGCCAGCCUCGUCGGCCACCAGAACCAGCCGAGUGCGGACGCGGGGGGGACUGCUCGCGGCGACCCGAAUCCCAGCGACGCCCUGGCGACCCCCUCCCCCGCGUCGCCGGAGAUCGCCGCGGAGAGCGUUGCGCGGGGGAUCGCGCUCGGGGUGAGCGCUGGCCUGUCCGACCACGAGGGGAUGGGCGGCGAGGAGAGCGAGGACGCGCAGGGGACCGCUGAUCGCCCUCCCUGCGUUGAUGAGGGUCGCGAUGCUCAGGAGACGGGCGGCGAGGAGAGGGCUGCCGAGGAGGCUGACGCGGAGGCGAGCGCCCGCGCUCCUGACGCGGCUGACCGUCAGGGCGGUUCGACGCAACACGUGCGGGGGCCCACGAAUACUCCGGCGAGGUGGGGCGCGCGGCAGGUCGAAGAGGAAGAGUUAGCACUCGCUCGAAGCGGCGGACGGGCUCACUUGCGGAGGGGCGCGCAGAGACUCGCGGACGAAGCCCGGCAGGCGCGGGCUCUGGCAGCGCGCUCUCCGCAGAACCCUCCAGCUCCGGAUCCCAUCUCGCGGAUGGGUCCAUCACCCCCGACAAUACCGCAGCCGACGCCAGCGCGCCGACAAAGUGAGGACGAGGCGGUCGCCGCACCUCAGACGGGGCGCGCGGGAGCUGCGGGAGGAAGAGCAACGCGGGGAAUCCGCGUGGGAUGCGGCAGCAGCCGCCGCGGGCGACGUGGGAACGGGAGAGGUCGAAGAGGUGGUGGAACACGCGGGUCAAACCGGCGCCGCACCGGCGCGAGCGGCUACGCAAGAACAGCGGAGAGGCUGAUGCGGGAAGGCGCAGAAGGCGGCGAGGAGGCGUCUAGCGAGGAAGCAGAGGAGGAAAUUGAGAAUGAUGAAAGUGACGGGGGUGACCCUGCUUUUAACCCUGAAACAGAGGGGAUGUUGGAAGCAGAAGCUGAGGAAGACGAGGAGGAGUUAGAACUUCUGGGCUGCGCCAGCGCGGUGCGGGAGAGACUAGCAGCAGCAGCAGCACCUCUCCCCCUGCUGGCCCAGAUGGAUCCCCAGCUCAGCCUCCUCCUCCUCACCCGCUGUGUCAGCCGCCGCGCCUCCUUUUUGGCCAGAACUACCCCCCUGGAGGCGCUACCUGUAGCGGAAUGGUCUGCGUGGGGGGAGCAGCUUCUACUCACCUUCCUAGAUUCGGCCCACAUCGUUACCCCGAGGAGCGCCAGGGAGAGGCGACGGAUCUGGCGGCAGGCGGCCCUGCCGGUGACACUGGGAGGUCUCGGCAUCACUGACCCCGCUGUUGAAGGCAGCUACGCCUACCUUGCUUCGGUGGUCAGCGCCGCCCACCUCCUGCACUCCUUGGAGGACUCACUGCACCCUGCUGUUACCGCGCUCCUCCCCUUACUGGACCCGACCCACGGCUCCCCGCACGCGCUGCCAGCACGCCUCGCUGCUGCAGAGGCAGCUCUCCCCCCAGAGGCUCUGGAAGAGGGCUGUGGUUGUCGUGAAGAGGAAGCAGAGGAGGCGCAGCCAGGGGAGGCGGAGCCAGGGGAGGCGGAGCCAGGGGAGGCGGAGCCAGGGGAGGCGGAGCCAGGGGAGGCGGAGCCAGGGGAGGAAGCACCGUGCGUGUUUGGUUAG